CGGCUGCAUUUUCCCUGGCAUUUCAUGGAUUUUUAAGAGUUGGCGAAUUAACAGUUAAUACAAGAGAAGGUGAUCAACAAAACACAAUUCAAUUCGACAAUUUGUCCAUUAAUCACGAAACGCAAUCUCUCUUACUGACUAUCCGGUAUUCGAAAACGGACCAGUUAGGUAAAGGCACAGUACUUCAAAUAGAUAAGCAGGGUGGUGUAGCAUGUCCAUAUCAGCUCAUUACUAAAUACGUCAGCAUCCGUCCAGAGGGUUCAGGUCCAUUAUUUCGACACUUCGAUUUAUCCCCACUCACACGAUAUCAAUUUACGGGGGUACUUUGUAAGGCAGUAAAGCACCUAAAUUUGCCUGGUAUCUCAGGAUACAAAUCUCACUCUUUUCGUAUCGGCGCGAGUACUGAUCUCGCGUUAAAAGGAUUUUCAACUCAUGACAUUCAGAGAUCUGGUCGUUGGAAAUCUGAUUCUUACAAAUCCUACAUUCGCAUACCAAAGUUUUAAUCUAAUUUUAGAUAUACAGACAAUAUGGUUGGUGGGUUCAUCAAUAAUCAAGCACGCCUUUUUGGAAGCUGUAUUAAGACCAGGUGGUACAAAUUUGACAUUAGAAAGAAAACACAUCUCACUGUGGUGGCAGGGUUAUAGUGGCCUCCAGUUAAGUAAAACUAAACAAAAGAUUAGAACUCUUGGAAAGGUGGGCCCUGUACCUAAUUUCAUCCUUAUACAUUGUGGGGGGAAUGACUUGGGCAAUGUAUCGAUCAGAAAAAUAAGGGUGGUUGCAAAGCAGUUAGUUUUAUUUCUAAGGAAUCACUUUCGAAACAGUAGGAUUAUAUGGUCAUUUAUACUUCCGCGUCUCCAAUGGCGCUAUUCAGCAAAUUUAAAAGCUAUGGAAAAUGCACGCAAACGGGUUAAUUCUGGUAUAGCUGCAAUUGUCUUGCAAUCUGGGGGCGCAAUAAUUCGCCAUUCAGACAUUAAACCUGAUCCAGCUUUAUUUUUACAGGAUGGGGUACACUUAUCCUCGUUGGGGAAUAACAUUUUUCUAAACUCUCUCCAGGGGGGACUUGAGGCUAUCGUUGCGCAUGGUCAAUCCUGCUUUCCCAAUUAGCAAGGGUCCUGGGUACGGCUGUUCGUAUAUGCCGCUCUACCCCCACCAUGGUGGCGGAGUUC